CAAAGUAUCUCUAGACAAUGCAGGUUUGUUUCAGAAGACUGAACAGCAAGGCCAAGCCUCGCCCUGUUUGUGACGCUUCCAGGAGUAGACAAGCUGACAGCGUCCUUGAGACAGAACCUGGAUUCAGCUCCCCUGAGAAGACGCCACGUGGGAAGGCCGUGGGCAGGGUCUCGGGAAGUUGAUGAUCCUGUGUCUGAGAGGGGGAUGAGUGUGCAGAUCUGGCUUGCCCUGCUCAGGGAUGGGCCACGUACACCACGGUGGUCCUGUGGAUUAUGUCGCCUGGCGAUGUCAUAGCCCUGGUGAUUGGCGUCAGUGACACUUUGUGACGUUCUCACAAUGACAGAGUUACCUAACGAUACAGUCCUGAGUGUAACUCAGAUGCAUGACUGCAUCACUGUGGAUUGGCAACCUAGCUUUCUCAGGCCUCACUGUCUGAUGAAGACGUCAGUUAACAUAGCAGGGACGUGCUCUCGAGCACUACCGCAUCGUCUCUCUCCACCUCCGGCGGAGUCCCUGGGACGCCUGGCAGCUUCUUCAAGAGUUAGGUUCCUGGCCUGGAGUUUCUUUCCCAUGACCUUGGCUGACCCAGUUCUGCUCUCUACUCUGCCACCUUGUGGAUUUGUUGGGAAUCGCACCUUCCGCAGAGCAUCCAGAUCAUUGCUGCUGCAGGCAGAAUGGAUCGAAGCAAAGGGAAGGGAAGCUGGGAGACGGGGCAGGAGCCUGGAGCAGGAAGCUGCGUGGACGGUAACGGAGGCGUGGACUCAGGGCGGGGAUGGCUCUGGACCCCCGCUGUCCACCUGGCAGGCACCAGCCACCUGCGGCUCUGAGCUCUGGGACCCUGCGAAGGCUGGUGCACCCGAGCUGGGAGGACUCACUCAGCGACCGCGGACACAGGACGCUGUGCAGGAUGAAGAUGUUUCUGCUCCUCCUCAUCACCGGGCUGAUUUUCUGCUCAGAGGCCUCCCCGCUGCUCCUGACGGAAAAGCAGGCGAAGCAGCUCCUGAGAUCCCGGAGGCAGGAGUGGCCCCGCAAAGCCGGCUUCCGUGACGAGCCCAUGCGCGAGUACAUGCUGCACCUGCUGGCCCUGGAGCAUCGUGCUGAAGAGCAGUUCCUGGAGCACUGGCUGAACCCACACUGUAAGCCCCACUGUGACAGGAAUCGGGUCCACCCCGUGUAGGGGGCUCGGGCCCAGCCUGCAAGCAUCAUGAUAGGCAAUGGCCUGGACAAUGCCAAAACAGGAUAAACUUCUCCUUUCAUUUGUUUGCAAACUGUGGAGAUGGAUUUCUGCAGACCUUGUGAACUGUUGGGUGUGCCAAAGCUUGCCUUGGGGAUGGCAAAUAUAUAUGCCGCUUCAAUAGACUAACCUGCAUGAAUCUUUGCAAUUAAUAGCUUUAAGUGUGGCUCCCAUUGCCCUCAAACAUCUCCUGCUGACUCAUCAGGCUGGGCAGACAGAUUCUUCCCUGGGACUGACAGAGCUGGAAUCUCUGGACCGGGAGCCAGGGCAGCUGCCUGGCCAUGACUUCCCUGCAAUGAGGCACAUCACGUGGGGCCAUUGAGUUUAUGGUCAAGUAUUUUUCUCUUUCUGUCUCUGUCCUAAUAAAUGCUGAUGUCAAA